CGCGCAGUCUAAGCAAGGAAUCACCACGGCUUUAUGACACAUACAGUACAUUAGCUUACUGUAGGUCUACAACUGUAAUAGAUUAUUUAAGACUCAACUAAACUCGAAGGCAUGGCUGAAUAUGAGGUGUCCGUGCAACAGCUUAAUGACCUACUGACAGACGAAUGUGGAUUGUAUAUGAUGCCCUCAAAACACUGCAACGAGGUUUACCCACGGAUAUAUGUUGGAAAUGCGUUUGUGGCCACCAGUGUGAUACGCCUGCAGCGUCUAGGUGUCACCCAUGUGCUGAAUGCCGCCGAGGGGAACUCGUUCAUGCACGUGAACACCAAUGCAGAGUUCUACGCUGGCACGGGCAUCGUCUACCAUGGGAUGCCCGCCAGUGACACGGACCACUUUGACCUCAGUGUCUACUUUGAGGAAGGAGCUGAUUUCAUUGAGAAGGCACUUGCAUACAAAAAUGGAAAAGGCAAGGUGUAUGUGCACUGUCGAGAGGGCUACAGCCGCUCCCCAACUCUGGUCAUCGCAUAUCUCAUGUUGCGGCAUAAAAUGGACGUGAGGACAGCCUUGGCCUUGAUCCGACAGAAGAGGGAAAUUGGCCCAAACGACGGCUUCUUACGGCAGCUUUGCCAACUCAAUGAUAGACUUGUAGCAGAGGGAAAGCUCUAGAGAACAAACUAUUAGGGGGACUUUUUCUUUUCAGGUUCUGAUAUUGCAAUUGCUUUUAUGCUUAAUUAGGCACAAUAAAUAAUAAACUGUGACACACAAACAACACAAAAAAUACACACCCAAAUACACACACUUUCAACAGACACCCAGUAUAUGCACACACACACACACACACACACACACACAAAAUGACUGCAGUUCCUUUUUUGCUGGCUGGUCCAGACACAACCACUUACUGGUAAACUAGCAGGGAGAUUCUUCUUAAAUAGUAUGUUUUACAAAUAUUGAGUAUGCUGUUUAAAGCUCAUUUGCACUUUAUGUAUUACAUCGCACUGAUGUUGUGAGAAUUGUUACUGCUGCCAUUGCAUGGACCAAAUACUAAAUUGUGGAGUUUAUAUUUAUGGAUUUUUAACAGCCUGCCUCUGAUUUACAUGCUCUGUGUCAUCAGUCCUGUUAAAAUCACAGCAAAUAAACCAGUAUGGAUGUAUGAAUAUUACAUUAAGUAUUACAUUCCGUCUACAUAUGCUGUAUGAGUAUCCAUCUGCUUAUAAAGGACACCAGUAUCUGUUUUGUCAGAGCUGCUUUUGA